GAAAAGGGCUAUAGGUUCCAUCUCUAUUCUGAUCGGUGUGCAAUUGCAAUCUCACCAAGAGCUAUCCAACAUCACACAUCAGAACUACCAAGCCUGGACUUGCACAUAAAUCAAGAAUAGCAACAGCCAACCGUCUCAGCAAACAGAUCUCUAAAGAUAUGUUUCUGCCGAAGCGUGAUAGAGCGACUGGCCCUUAUCAGAACCAUGGACACGGGCUUGCGUAAAUAAAGACAAUAGCAGUAACUUACUGGGCGAAUAAAAACACAUCACCAUCAAUGCUAUCUUUAAAACAACAAGCCAUAUCCAAACAUUGCUGUGGUCGAAUCUAGAAAAGAUAACUAUUCAGCUACUGAAAUUAAGGGAUUUCAAUUAAUUAAAGCUAACAGACUAGGACAUACGUACAAACAGGUCAGAAUUGCAAUGUAAAAAAAAACAAAACAACAACAACAAAAAAAACAGCUUUAGAUCAAUGAAAAUAUCAAACAUCUACAGAAGCAACAUAUCGGACUGGACACUUCACCAAAGAAAGCAGGAUAGAGUAAACUUCUACGUGUCUUUAGUCACAAUACUGCUCAGCUUUUUUGAGAUAUUUCUCAAACAAUUCAAAACUGAAAAUUAUUUUGAGAGCAGCGCAUUACCGUAAAACCUAUGUUUACAAAAACAAAAAAGUAAAAAAACGGAGAUAUUUUCUUGUAAAAAAAAACAAACAAAAAAAACGUUUAAAGGUCUUUCAUUGAAUGCAAUUGCUUUGUCAGUGCUGUGGACAGCUCUAAGUAGCAAGUAGAUACAGUCGGUGCUAGACUAUGUAGAUAGCUCAUGGGGUAUCUACUCUCAGUUUAGUGCAAUUACUUUGACGUUGCAGGUAAGCGGAGUUCCAAAUGGUACCACACCAUCUGUUUCAGCACAUCAAGACACGGACAGCUCCUAGUGUAAUCUUAGCUGUUUCCGUCCUAGAACUGUGGACAGCUACAAAACCUAGUUGUGUAAUUAGGAACCGCGGCAAUUUCCAAAGGGGGCCAAAGCAGUCUCAACAUAAAGACUCAGCAACAGUUCUUCUAGAAAAGCAAAACCAACAAAAGAAAGCAAGCGGUCUUCUUGUACGUAUCUAGAAGGACUGAAAAGGACAAUUAGGAAUAGCACGCACUGUUGAUGCAUCAAGUUCAUUCUACAUUUAACAGGUAACAUGAUCUAAAGAUGUCCCGACCGAUGCUGGCAGAGUCUUCCCUGUUGUUAAAAAACUUCCUUUAAACCCCAACAGCACUGAAACUCUUGAGACAAACAAACAAAAAAACAAAGCUCUUACCUUGUGAUCAACAUGAAGAACACCAGGUGCAGCACAAAUGUGUCCAGCAUUCUCCAAAUGCUGGUAUUCCACAUCCUUGUGCAAAUUGCACUGCCGACAUCCAGCUACAACACAGGCAGCAAGCGGGAGAUCACUGUGGAAGGGGACUUGAUGAUCGGAGGACUGUUCCCCGUUCACGAGAAAGGUGAGGGGACGGAGGACUGCGGAAAGAUUAACGAGCAACGAGGGAUUCAGAGAUUAGAGGCCAUGCUCCUAGCUUUGGAUGAGAUCAACAAAGAUGAGAAACUUCUGCCAGACCUCAAGCUUGGAGCUCACAUCCUUGACACCUGCUCCAAGGACACAUAUGCCCUGGAACAGUCCCUGGAGUUUGUACGGGCCUCCAUGACCAAAGUGGAUGAGACAGAGUAUAUCUGUCCUGACGGAUCCUAUGCUAUCCAGGAUUUCUCGCCUUGCUAUGUUAACGCCUUUCCAAAUAGUAACAUGACCUCCAUCUCUUUCUUUCUGUCGUUGUUGGGUCAGGUGGCAAACCUUUUGAGGCUCUUUCAAAUCCCCCAGAUCAGCUACGCCUCCACCAGUGCCAAGUUGAGCGACAAGACGCGCUAUGACUACUUUGCCCGCACUGUGCCGCCGGACUUCUACCAGGCCAAAGCAAUGGCAGAGAUCUUGCGUUUCUACAACUGGACAUAUGUGUCCACUGUGGCUUCGGAGGGGGACUAUGGCGAAACUGGAAUUGAGGCCUUUGAACAGGAGGCCCGGGCACGCCAGAUAUGCAUCGCCACUUCUGCUAAGGUGGGUCGCUCCAUGAACCGCAAGAGCUAUGAGACGGUCAUCAAAUCCCUGCAGCAGAAGCCCAACGCCCGGGUGGUUGUCCUUUUCACCCGCAGCGAGGAUGCCAGGGAGCUACUAGCAGCUGCCAUGCUCAUGAAUGUAUCCUUCAUCUGGGUGGCAAGCGACGGCUGGGGGGCGCAGGAGAGUGUGGUGAGGGGUAGCGAGCUAGUGGCGGACAGGGCCUUUACUAUCGAGCUGGCUUCGUAUCCCAUCAAGAAUUUUGCUGACUACUUUACCAGGCUAGAUCCCUACAACAACACCCGAAAUCCCUGGUUCAGGGAGUUCUGGGAGCACCGCUUUCAGUGCAGCCUGCAGGAUCUGGCUUGCGGCCAGCGCUCACUCACAGACGGCAAGUUCGAACAGGAGUCCAAGAUCAUGUUUGUGGUCAACGCCAUUUACGCCAUGGCUCACGCUCUGCACAACAUGCGCCAAGCCCUCUGCCCCAACUCCACUAAGAUCUGCGAUGCCAUGAAACCCAUAAAUGGGAAGAGGUUAUACAAGGAAUUCAUCCUGAAAACAAAAUUUGAUGCUCCUUUCCGUCCAGCAGACACUGAAAACAUUGUACUCUUUGACGCCUUUGGCGACAGCAUCGGCCGCUACAACAUCUUCAACUUCCACAAAGUGGAUGGCAAGUAUGUCUACGAAAAAGUAGGCUACUGGGCACAAGCCCUGACCCUGAACACCAGCCACAUUCCCUGGGCCAGCCACACAACCCCCACCUCUCAGUGCAGUGACCCCUGCAAGAAGAAUGAAGUGAAAAGCAUGCAGCCAGGUGACGUCUGCUGCUGGCUCUGCAUCCCUUGCCAACCUUAUCAGUUCCUGGUGGAUGAGUUUACAUGCAUGGACUGUGGCUUUGGUAGCUGGCCAACGGAAAACCUCACUAGCUGUUACAACUUACCCGAAGAGUACAUUCACUUUGAAGAUGCUUGGGCUAUUGGCCCUGUGGCUAUCUCCUGCCUGGGCUUCAUAUGCACCAUCUUUGUGAUCUGUGUCUUCCUGAAAAACAAUGACACCCCUGUCGUGAAGGCAUCAGGAAGGGAGCUUUGCUAUAUCCUGCUGUUGGGCGUCCUGAUGUGUUACAGCAUGACCUUCAUCUUCAUUGCCAAGCCUUCAUCUGUCGUCUGCACCCUCCGUCGUUUAGGCUUGGGCACUUCCUUUGCUGUGUGCUACUCAGCCCUACUUACAAAGACCAACCGGAUCGCUAGAAUCUUCAAUGGCGUCAAAGAUGGAGCACAGAGGCCAAGGUUUAUCAGCCCCGCCUCCCAGGUGGUUAUCUGCAUGGCGCUCAUCUCCUGCCAGCUCAUCGUGGUCAUUGUGUGGCUGCUCGUGGAGACACCUGGCGUCCGCAAGGAAGUGGCUCCAGACAAGCGGGACGUGGUGACCCUGAAGUGCAACAACAAGGACACCAGCAUGCUCAUGUCCCUGACCUACAACAUGAUCCUCAUCAUUCUAUGCACGGUCUAUGCCUUCAAGACCAGGAAGUGCCCUGAAAACUUCAAUGAGGCAAAGUUCAUUGGCUUCACCAUGUACACCACCUGCAUCAUCUGGCUGGCUUUUCAACCUAUUUUCUAUGUCACUUCAAGUGAUUACAGGGUUCAGACCACUACCAUGUGUAUCUCGGUCAGUCUGAGUGGUACGGUGGUUUUGGGGUGCAUGUUUGCUCCGAAGACGCACAUCAUCCUGUUUCAGCCCCAGAAGAAUGUUGCAAGUCAUCGUGUAGCAGUAAACCGAUUUAGUGUAACCGGCCCUGGCUCCAGCUAUUCUCACGCUUCAGCCUCCAACUUUGUGCCGACAGUCUGCAAUGGUCGAGAGGUGGUAGACUCUACAACCUCAUCCUUGUGAAGACUAUUAGACCUUCCUUAUCCAAAAAAACCUAAAACUCACAAAAAAAAAGAUAUUGAAAAGUUUCUGUGUGGACUGUCAUUUGCAUAGGUCUGACCCAUCUCGAUUAUUCUAGAAUGUGAUGUAGAUGCAAGAUCCCUAAUAGUUUUUUUUUUUUAUUUGUAUAAAAAA